AUGAGUUAUAAUGAGAUUUUCGACCAUUAUGAAAAUCCAAAGAAUGUUGGUUCUUUGGACAAAAAUGAUCCGAGUGUUGGCACUGGUUUGAUUGGUGUACCAUCAUGCGGUAAUGUGAUAGAGUUGCAAAUAAAAGUAAAUGACAAAGAUGUUAUUGAAGGGAUGGUCAUGUUCGGUUUGGUCACUUCACAAUAA